AUGCCCCUACUACUUUCAGAGUGUACUUCGAAUUUAGACAUCUAUCUCUUUUGUUUCUUUCAGAAUUUGAAUGACUGGGAAAUAGAUUCUGUAUACUCUCGUCAUGCUUUUGCAAUCAGGGUAGCUGAUGACUUCUUCUUGGCUGUUUUCACCACUGAAUUUUUAAUGAAGAUUUAUGCAGAUUCCUCGGGAUACUGGUCGGAUGGAUAUAAUGUAUCUGAUUUCAUUGUCUUAGUGUUCUCCAUGAUUCCCAUAUUUGCUCCUAGAAGCAACAAUCAUACCUUUGAGUUUAUGAAACUGCUUAGGACAUUAAGGACUCUUAAAGUGAUUUCGUAUGUUAAAGACUUGCAGGUUUUGACAAAAGCAUUGCUCAAGACCUUGCAGAACUCUCUAUAUAUUUUUUUGAUAUUGGCUGUGGCUGUGUUUAUAUUUGCAGUCUUAGGACAUCAUUAUUAUGGAAACCCAGUAACUGGAGAUGUUAAAUACUGGGGGAGACUUGAAGUUGCAUUGUUGACAGUCUUAAAUUUAUUAACGCUUGAUAACUGGACAACUACUCAUGCAAGUUUAGAAAACCAUGGCUUCACAACAGGCACAGCCUUCAUCUUGACCUUCAUAAUAUGUGGAUAUUUUGUAUUUUUCAAUGUGUUUAUUGGAGUGGUUAUUAUGACCAUUCAGCAAACCGGUCAAAAAUUUCACAAAUCAGCAUGGGUAAAAAGAAUCAAGAAUCUGCUAGAGAAAAUAAAAGUCUUGAAAAAGCACCAAAAAGAUGACCAACAGCAAAUAAAAAAACAGGAAUCCAUUGACUAUUUUAACUUCAGUGAAAAGAUGGCUGAGAUUAAGAAGACAUUGCAGCCUGAUGAUUAUGUUAUUGUGAACGACUGGUGUUGUAGUAUGUUAUUUAUUGAUGUUUAUCUGGCAAGUCUUGAUUGCCAGGAUAAAACCCUGAAGAGGCUCUUUCAAAUGUAUUCCGAGAUUUCACCCAUUUUAAGUGCCCUCUCAGAAGACAUCAGCAACACAACACAGCUUUCAGGACAAGUAUCACCUCCAGCUGAUCAUACCACGUGAUGUUGUUAAGCAUUGUAUAAGUCUUUCUUAAAUGUGUCAAUCUGCAAAACACUGUUGCACUUUUAGUGAAAAUAGACCAGUAUAAUUACAGAAUAUUGCUUUAAAUAAAACACACUGCCUUAGAUUACAUCUA